UUCCCGCCCGCGGGGCGCUUCCGGCGGGGCCUGGCGCGGCCAUGGCGGAGCUGACGGACGCGGAGCUCCGCAAGGAGCUGCUGGCGCUCGGCUACCGCCCGGGGCCCAUCACCGCCACCACCCGCAAGGUUUACAUCAAGAAGCUGGGCUGCCUGCGGGCCGAAGUGGCGGCGGACCGGCGCAGCGGCCGCACCGCGCCGCCCAGCCCCGGCCGCUCCUCCGCAAGGCCGGCGCAGGCCUCGCCCUCGCGGCAGCGCUCCGGCUUCACCGGCGGGGCCGCCCGGGAGAGUGAGGAGGAGGAGGAGGAGGAGGACGAGGAAGAGGAGGAGGAAGUGGGGCGGCCGCCCGCGUCCCGCUGGGGGGCGUCGGGAGAGAGCGGCGGGCAGGCCUGGGGAGACCCCCGGGGGUCCCCGCCGGGCCGGGCCGCAGCCAGCAGGGUUGAGGGCGGCUCCUCCCGGGACAGCCUCGGGAGGCUGAGCCCUUCGGAGCAGUGGGGCACGACUGUGGAGAGAGGUGGCGGUGGGCUGGGGGCAUCCCUGGCCGGGCACGGGGGGCUCAGUUCGCCCUCGCAGUGGUACACGUCCAUAGAGAGGAGCGGCGGCCUUGGGGCGGACAGGGCCGGAGCGUCCCGCUGGGAGACAUCCAGAGAUGUGGCAGAGGGGCUGGGGGCGACCCUAGAUGGGUUUCGGGGCUCCUCGCUGCAGUCGGGCGCCUCGGAGAGGAGCGGGGGGCUCAGCAGUGGCCUGAGACCCACCCUGGACAGGUUCCGGGGGUCAAACUCCGCAUCCCAGUGGAGCCCCUCGGCAGAGAGGAGCGGGGGGCUCGGCAGCCGGGCUGGCUCGGGCUUGGAUGAGGUUGGGGGGCUGAGCUCCACACCCUACUGGGGCUCCUCGGCAGCCUCCAAACCCCUUCCCAGCGAGGAGAAAUCCAGGAGCCAUUGGUGGACAUCGGGAGGGGGAAUUGGGGCGCAGAGCUCCCGGGCUGCCUGGGACACGGCUGGGGAGAGGAGAGGGCUGUCUGACAGCUGGUGGAGACAGGAGAGCGAGGGGACCCCCAGCACCCAGCGGGGCUCCUCUGCAGCCCCCGGGAGGUUCAGCAGCCUGUUCAGGAGAGGGAAGGAGGACUCGGCUUCCAGCGUAGAGCGGGACACGGGCAGCAGGGCUGGGGGGCUGAUCCGGCGCUUCCCGUGGCGGGCAGGCAGCGAUGGGGGGCACGGAGUGACCCCGCGUGCCGCCCUGCUGCGCUCAGCGCCCCGACAGCAGCCCGAGAGAAAGGGGAAAGGCCUGGAGUAUUACCUGUCCCAGUUCCUCUGCCUCGCCAGCUUGGUGCUGCUGCUGAUCUUUCUGGGCAUCCUCAUGGUGAAGAUGGCUGGGUCAGGCUGGUUGGACGGGAGAGAGGAGAGAUUUAAUCUCUUGCCUGUGGAUUGUGAGAAAAGAACGGAUGAUUUCUGCCAGGCCAAGCACAAGGAUGUGACCAUGGCUGUGCUGCACGAGCUCUACAAUUACCUCUCCGUGCAGGCAGGUAAUUUUGAGUGUGGAAACCCUGAGAACCUAAAAAGCAAAUGCAUUUGGGUUAGUGAGGUGAAGGAUCACGUGCUGAAUGUAACUGGCGUCUCCUCACGGAAGUUUGAAGCUGCCCUGCAAUGGAUACUGAACAGCAACAAGGAUUUGGGAAUUUGGUUGAGAGGCAGGGACCUGUCUGAGCCAGUUUCCAGCGUGGAGGAAGUGUUCUGCCUGGAAUCUGCCCACCCCCAGAUGGGGCUGGGCUGCCGCUUCCGCCGGGCCGUGGUCACGGCCAUCACCAACCUCUUCCUGUUCUUCUGGGGUCUGAUAACCCUUUGGGGCAUCCUGCUCUACCUCCGCUAUCGCUGGCGCAAGAUGGAGGAGGAGGAGCAAGCCAUGUAUGAGAUGGUGAAGAAGAUCAUAGCUGUUGUCCAGGACCACUACAAGGAAUGGGAGCGGAAUUUGGAGCGUUACCCCUACGUUGGCAUCUACCACGUCCGGGACAGCCUGAUCCCUCCUCAGAGCAGGAAGAAGAUGAAGCGGGUGUGGGAGAGAGCCGUGGAUUUCCUGGCCUCCAACGAGUCCAGGAUCCAGACAGAAUCCCACAGGGUGGCAGGGGAGGACAUGCUGGUGUGGAGGUGGACUAAGCCCUCGUACCUGUCGGACUCAGAGCACUGAGGGCAGCAGAGGAGCAGCCCUGGAGCCGGGUGGGACACGGAGCCUGUGCAGCCCUCGGGGCCCUCGCUGCUGUUGGGAGGAGCAGGGCCUGGCCCGGGGUUGCUCUCACUGCUGAAACUCUCCAAACACACACGUUCAGGGCAAUACUGGCUUGGAAAGAAGAUGGGCUUGAGCUGGUGGGAAGCUGGGAUUGCACCAAAGUGAGCCUUCCACAGAGACCUGGCUGCCGUGGCAAGCAAACAACAACCUGCAAAGGAUAACUGCACCUCCUCUCCAGGGCUGGGGGGCUCUGCCAGAGCCUGGGGGUGCACAAAAUUUGACCUCAAUUCUGCAAAGGCCAACUGGUGGCAGAGUCCAUCAGGGAAUGUACUGAAAGAUAACAUUUCCCAUGGAAACAUUAGGGUGGCAGUUGCAGGCGUGUCUUUGUUUGCGUUUGUUUUUAUCAGUGCAGAGACAGUGAGGAAGCACUUGCUGCUUCCCAGCAAGGAAAAUGUUUUGUGUUGGCUUCAUCCAUCCAAAACGGGAGAGGGGGAAUUGGGGAAGGUGGGCCUGGAGAGAGGGGGGAGCCUGACGUGCCUUGGUGGUUUGGGCUGGGCUGGGGGUGGUGGAGGAGAGUUUGUGAUCCUGUUACAUUUUUAAGUCUUCAGUCUGUGUGCUUUAUUAUUUUCUGGGGGUGUGGGCGGGGGGGGGGGGGAAUUUGGGUGGAAAAUAAAGGAUAUAGGAAACUUCUAAAGGUGCUUUCCUGGGGCUGCUGGCCAGGACUGCUGUUCCUGAGCAGCUUUGGGAGGGCUCUGAGGGCUCAGUGUUCAUGUUUGAGCUGGGCAGCUGCAGUGUCUGCGUUGGUGUCAGAGCAGGGAGGUGCCUGUCGCUGUUCCUGCAGCCCCUCAGGGGUCCCAGGAGCAGCCUGGCUCUGUCCCAGCCCUGCUGCAUCCUGUCUAAUCACUUGGUUACUUCAGUUUCUCUUUCUGUUCAGCGAAGGAACGUUUCUUUCCCAGGAAAUGGCACCAGUGCGUGGCAGUUCAGGCUCGGCAGAGGAGCUGCUCUGCUCCUCCCGGGGCUCUGCAGCAGCUGCUGGGGCUGCAGGACCCAAAUCCUUCACUGGCCAGGCAGGAGGAGUCACAGAGUGAAGCCAGCAGUGAUUUGAGCCCUGUAGCCCCUGGAUGCUGCUCUCCUCGAGGACAUCCUGGGGCUGGGAUUGCUCUGGGCUGGCUCAGGGCACAGCCCUGGGCAGGUGAUGCCACCCCAGGUGUGCUCCUUGUGCCCCCUCACCUGGCACAGCCUGCACCUCUCCCCACGUGGCUGCAGCAGAGCUCUCCAGAUCUUUCCCAUUAAAUGGGGAAUAUCCUGCAUGGAGGUGGCUCUUACACAAAUUUUUGGGUGUGGGUGUUUGGGCAGGAGACUCAGCAGCUCUCCUAGGCAAGCACCAGCCCCUUGCACUGCAAUAAAUUGGGAAUAAAGGCAACUUGAUUUUUCCCACAUGUAUCAUCAGUGCUGCCAGAGAAAUUCUCUCAAACACCGGUGCCUCUGUUCUUAAACCUUUUUAAACUCUUGGUGGGGUUUGGGUGAGCUUUUUUAACCAUCCAGAAGCACAGAGUCAGGCAUUGCUGUCAUCCUUUUGUAUUAAACCUGGUUUUGUAGAACAAACUUCAAUGGCUUGGUGCUGUUUCUAUGUUCCAUUUAGCUCUGUAAAAAAAAAUCAAUAUCAAAAAUAAAUUUAUUACCAAUAA